AUGAAACCAAGCAACAAGGGAAUAGAUCCAAGAAUGUCAUCCAACAACGUCCAGAUAACCUCUCGAGUCCACGAGGGCCGAAACGCACUCAUCACGGGCUCUGCCAGAAGUAGGCAAACCACAUCUGAUAUGCAACCAUCCACAGGCAUCGGCGAAGCAAUUGCCCGCAACCUGGCCUCCAAAGGAGCCAACAUCUGCAUCAUCUACCUCUCGGAGAGCUCCGACGAAAAGGCCGCCUCGCUCGCCAAGGAGCUCUCUGCAACGCACUCGGUGACCGCCACGUCGGUGCGAGCCGACGUCAGGACCAAGGAGGGCUGCGCGACCAUCGUGGCCCACUCGCAGGCCUCCCUGCCCAGGAACCCCAAGACGGGGGCGCUGCAGAUCGACAUUCUCGUGCACAGCGCCGCGCUCUUCCACGCGGCGCUGCUCGACGACGUGACCACGGACGACUUCCACGCCGUCUACGCCUCCAACGUGCUGGGCCCGAUCCUGCUGACGCAGGCCUGCCGCCCGUUCCUGCCCACGGACCGCUCCGGGCGCAUCGUGAACCUCUCCUCGGUCGGGUCCAAGGUCGGCAUGGCGGGGCUGACGCUGUACGGAGGCGCCAAGGGCGCACUCGAGGCCAUGACGCGCACCUGGGCCCGCGAGCUGGCCGAGAGCUGCACCGUCAACGCCGUCGGCGUCGGCUCCACCAUGACCGACAUGCUGGCCGCCGCCCCGCACGAGGCAAAGCUCGCCAUUUCGAGCUUCUACCCCGUCACGCCGCUGUGUCCCGCCCGCGAGGGGGACAGCGAGCUGCAGAGGACCUUUGCCGAGAGCUACGGCGGGCGUGCGGCCUACCCGGAGGAGAUUGCGGGGGUCGUGGGCAUGAUCUGCAGUCCCGAGUCGGGGUGGAUGACGGGGUCUCUGGUUGGUGCUAGCGGUGGCAUGUGGAUGAGUUCUUGA